GAUGCACACAAGUUUUCACCCUUUUAUAAUGAAGCUGAAAAGAGUAAAUUAAAAAAUAAAAGAGAAAAGUCUACGGAACAUGGCAGCAGGCUUCUCUGCUUCUCUCACACACUUCCUCUCCCGCUCGGCUGUUGAGGCAGAGGAAGGCUGAAAGGCUGCGACUAAAAGCGGACGUUGUUUUCAUUGUUGUUUAUUUCUUCAGUUCGAGCAGCAAAAAAAUCAGCGUUCACUUUCAAUUAAGUGAUUGAAUGGAGUCUCCCCUGCCGGUUUUGCGAACAAAUUACGGAGGCUCAAAAGAGUUCUAUUCUAAAGGUUGUAAAAGGACGAAAAUAUCGCGUGAUUCAAAAGAUGAUGACAGCGUGGCCACUCCUGGAAAACCACGGCAUGAAACUGUCUCUCCAAAUGUUGUCGAUUACUCUGACCCAUGUGCAGUCUCCAGUAUGCUUGAAACCUUUAAUACCGGUGGUAAAUACGGAAGUGUUACAAAAGAUUUAGAGGCCCUUAUCUCUAGGAAUAUGCAAUUGGUAAGUAAGGUGCUUGCUUUGCAUCCUUGUCUUUCCAAUGUGUUAGCGGAUGUGGAAAAGAGCCCAAGGAAAGAGGCGUCACAGUUGCCAAGUCGACAACUUGCCCAUUUGUCACGGACAAAUUUUAUUGACUUGGAAGACGAGUCUGCUGAAAGUGGCAUCACAUCAAUGGCGUCACCUGUAGUAAUUCUGGAUUCGGAUGAUGAAGACAGCAGAAGUCGGAGGCCUCUACAUCCUGUUCAGGAAAUUGUACUGAGGAAGCCAUCUGGGAUAUUACUCUCUAAGGAGAUACCGGUUGGGGAGCCUAAUGUAUCUCAGGUUAGGGAGUCCAUGGGAAACAGAAUUUACAAAGAAGAAAAAGUUAGUCUAACCUGCGAAAUUGGUAUCAAGAAGGAUAAAGGUGUUUAUGUUGGUGUUGAAGAGGAUGUUGAUACUCAAACUGAGGCUGCAGAUGAUGGUUUGGGAGAUAUUUGGCAGGAGAUGUCAAUGGCAUUAGAGUUUUCCAAGGAUGGUUUUGAGGAUCCAUCAUCAAGUGAACGCAUGUCAGAAGAUGAGGAGGAUUGUGAUCAUUCUUUUGUCUUGAAGGAUGAUCUUGGUUAUGUUUGUCGCAUUUGCGGGGUAAUCGAGAGAGGAAUUGAGACUAUAAUUGACAUCCAGUAUAACAAGGUCAAAAGGAGUACACAUACUUAUGCAUUAGAGCCACGGAAUGCCAAAAAUAGAGAGUCAACUGAAACCGUUGGAGUGAAUUUUUCUGAAGAUGAUUUAACAGUAACGGACAUAUCUGCUCAUCCGAGGCAUUUGAAGCAGAUGAAACCUCACCAACUAGAAGGUUUUAAUUUUCUUCUGAGCAAUUUGGUGACAGAUAACCCUGGGGGUUGCAUCUUGGCCCAUGCGCCUGGAUCCGGAAAGACAUUCAUGAUAAUUAGCUUCAUGCAGAGUUUUCUAGCCAAAUAUCCACAUGCUAAGCCACUAGUUGUGCUUCCAAAAGGUAUCUUGGCUACAUGGAAAAAGGAGUUUGAAACAUGGCAAGUAGAGGAUAUGCCACUGCUUGAUUUCUACACUGUGAAAGCAGAUACCAGGUUGCAGCAAUUGGAUGUCUUAAAAAAGUGGGUUGAGUGCAAGAGUAUCCUUUUUCUCGGAUACAAACAAUUCUCUACAAUUAUUUGUGAUGGUGGAUUUAGCCAGACCUCAAUUUCCUGCCAAGAGAUACUCUUACGAGCACCGUCAAUUCUAAUUUUGGAUGAAGGGCAUACACCAAGGAAUGAGAACACUGAUGUGUUGCAAUCUCUUGCAAAAGUGCAAACCGCUCGAAAAGUUGUACUUUCUGGAACCCUCUAUCAGAAUCAUGUGAAAGAGGUAUUUAACAUAUUAAACCUAGUUCGACCAAAGUUUCUUCGGUUGGACACUUCCAAAUCAGUAAUUAAGAAGAUAAUGAGCAAGGUUCAUAUAUCAGGAGUCAGGAAGCAGUUGAAAGCUGGAGCAGAUGCAGCUUUUUAUGAUUUGGUGGAGCACACACUGCAGAAGGAUGAAAAUUUUGAGAGGAAAGUCUCAGUAAUACAUGAUCUACGUGAGAUGACCAGCAAAGUCCUUCAUUACUACAAAGGAGAUUUCUUGGAUGAGCUUCCUGGUCUUGUUGAUUUCACUGUAGUACUCGGUCUUAGUCCCAGACAGAAGGAUGAAGUUCAGAAGUUAAAAAGGUUUCAAAGGAAGUUCAAAAUUUCAUCUGUUGGUAGUGCUGUUUAUCUACAUCCAAAACUGAAUUCUUUCUCUGAGAAUUCCGUCAUGACAGAUGAUAAGAUGGAUGACUUGUUGGACAAAUUAGAUGUCAAAGAGGGAGUCAAAGCAAAAUUUUUUCUUAAUAUGAUAAAUUUGUGUGAGUCAGCUGGUGAGAAGCUCCUUGUUUUUAGUCAGUAUCUCAUACCCUUGAAAUUUUUGGAGAGAUUGUGUGUGAAAAUGAAGGGCUGGCAUCCAGGAAUUGAGAUUUUUUCUAUCUCGGGUGAAUCAAGCUCUGACCAUCGAGAGUUGUCUAUGGAGCGCUUCAACAACUCUCCUGAUGCUAAAGUUUUCUUUGGAUCUAUUAAGGCUUGUGGAGAAGGAAUUUCUUUGGUGGGGGCAUCCCGAGUUAUAAUCUUGGAUGUUCAUCUUAAUCCAUCUGUGACCCGCCAAGCUGUUGGCCGUGCAUUUCGUCCUGGUCAGAAGAAGAAAGUGUAUGCAUAUAGACUGAUUGCUGGUGAAUCUCCUGAAGAGGAGGAUCAUAGUACUUGUUUCAAGAAGGAAUUAAUUGCAAAGAUGUGGUUUGAGUGGAACAAGUAUUGUGGCAACCGAGAUUUUGAAAUGGAGACUGUUGAUGUGAAUGAGUGCAAUGAUCUGUUUCUGGAAAGUCCUUUGUUGAGGGAAGAUAUUAAGAUUCUGUACAAAAGGUAGAUGCUGGGACCGUAGAGCUGAGACUGACAUGGGCACAAUAAGUAUUGAGCUUUUUCCUUGUUUGGCACAAGUAAUUUCUUGCUUCUUUAUGUAGCCAUUCAGUCCUUGGUUAUGUUUCUUGGUUGAUAUACUUUUGAAAGCUGUGUAGGCUCAUUGCUUGAAAGCAGUGUUAGGUAAAUUUGAUGGUAAAGAAAUGAGAAUGACCUAUUUUUGACAGCAGUCAGUGGCUUUUCCGUUUCUUUGAGCCUAGGAGGCCUUAGAACAUAUCCAUAACGAAGCCAGGAAUCAUCAACUAGAUGCUUACUUUAGUGCAUGACAGUUUUUUGAACUACUUUUGUAAAGCUGCAAAUCUUUGUGCAAGCAGUUUUCUAUGACUGUUUAUAGAACCAUCCUCACCUCUGAUGCAGGCCUGUGUAAAUGCUACUUUGAAUUUAACGAGAUGAAAAUUGUAAAUUGUGCUUUCCGAACGUUCUGGUUGACCAAAGGUUCUUUCUAAUUCCAUAUAGUAGAAAUUUUACAGGGAA